AUGGCUUUUAUGACCGUAGCGCACUAUCUGCAAGUGCUAGAGAGAUCCUGGAAGAACCAGGACGGCAACAAAGUGGCCCAAUUCAUAUCGAUUCGGCACGAUCACGCCCGAUUCCCGAACUACCACGUCGAACAACCGCAGGGCAUCGUGGUCAAAUUUCUCGCGUCCCCGCUCGACGAGCUGGUGUGCUACCACUUGAAAUGCCUCUACCACAUCGGCUGUCGCGAUUACUUGGAGGCGUACCACACGCAGAGCAAUUUGGUGCAAUGUUUCGCCAAGAUCUUGCAGGCGCAAAAAGAGGAGAACUGGUCGCUGCCUAUCAUGUACACCAUAGCGUCGGAUUUGCGUUUGAUAGCGCAACAGGCCGAAAAGCAAAGGGCCAGCAACACGGCGAAUCCCGGUGAGAUACUCGAAAAGGCCGCCGAAUGCCUGAUGGGUUGUUUUAGAGUAUGCGCGGCUGAUAACAGAUCAUCCGAUGAAGAUACUAAACGUAUAGGAAUGCUGGGAUUAGUGAAUCAAUUAUUUAAAGUGUAUUUUCGUAUAAAUAAGUUGCACUUGUGCAAACCUUUAAUACGAGCCAUCGAAUCCUCGCAGUUCAAAGAGGCCUUUCCCUUAGGGCAACAGGUUACUUACAGAUACUUCGCCGGACGGAAGCUGAUAUACGAUAGUAAUUACAAAGCGGCCGAUGAGUAUCUAACGUACGCCUUCGAGAAUUGCCACAAAUCGAGCAGGAAGAAUAAAAAACUCAUACUGACUUAUCUAGUGCCGGUGAAGAUGCUGCUCGGCUACAUCCCCAGCCGGAGGGUUCUGGAAAAGUACGGGGUAGUGGAAGAGUUUUGGGAAUUGGUGCAGGCCGUGUGCCAGGGGGAUUUGCGAUUGUUCGACGAGCUGAUGGAGAGGCACGAGACGUUCUUCAUCAACAGCGGGAUUUACUUGAUUAUCGAUAAGUUGAAGGUGAUCGCCUACAGGAAUUUGUUCAGGAAGGUGUAUUUGAUAUUGAACACGCACCAGAUACCGGUGGAAUCGUUGCAGUUGGCCCUGGAGAGCUUGGGACAGGACGUGGAUUUGGACGAGACCGAGUGCUUGGUGGCCAAUUUGAUUUACCAGGGGAAGAUUAAAGGGUACAUAUCGCACCAGCACAGGAAGGUGGUGGUGAGCAAACAGAAUCCCUUUCCGGCGUUGACUAGUUUAAGUUAG